CGUCACCGCAAAACCCCCCUUCUCUCCGGCCACCACCUCCUCCCUCCUCCAUGUCCGAAUCACCUCCCUCCGAUCAUCAUCCCUCUCCCUCCUCCGCCAAGCUCCGCAAGAUCCCUCCCAUUCCCGUUCGCCGCGAUUCCAUACCCAUUGCCGGAGACUCUGAUUCCGAUCAUGAACAUCACCUUCCCGAGGAUCGCCCUCUUCAACCUGACGAUUCCUCUAUCAUUAUGGCCUCCUCUCUUGGGUUGAACCACAUUCGGACGCGCUCUGCUCCAUUGCCGCUAAGGACCUCUGCUGUUGGCACGCCCUCCAAUUUGGGAGAUAAUUCCAGAAAUAAUGUCACCGUGGGGAACGAUUCCGAAAAAAAUGUUUCCUCCACUGAACAAGGGAAAAAAGUUCUGUGGAGUCAAUCAAAAUCGUUCAGAUAUCCGACAGCUCUGAAUCCUGAUUUUGAGGGUAAUCAUGUAGCGUUUGGAAAGGAAAUUCAGUCUCCACGGUUCCGUGCCAUACUGCGUGUUACUAGUGGAAGAAAGAAGAGAACCCCGGAUAUCAAAAGCUUCUCUCACGAGCUCAAUUCCAAGGGAGUUCGCCCUUUUCCACUUUGGAAACCUAAGGCAUUUGGACAUUUGGAAGAGAUCAUGGUGGCUAUCAGAGCAAAAUUUGACAGAUUGAAGGAUGAUGUUAAUUACGAACUGGGCAUUUUUGCUGGAGAUCUCGUAGAUAUACUUGAAAAGACAGACCAGUCUCAGCCUGAACUAAAAGAGGGUUUGGAGGACGUAUUGGUGGUUGCUCGGAAAUGUGCCACAAUGUCACCUACAGAAUUCUGGACGAAAGGUGAAGGGAUUGUCCAAAAUCUAGAUGAUCGGCGGCAGGAGCUGUCAUUAGGGAUUCUUAAGCAAGCCCAUACCCGCCUUCUCUUCAUCUUGACACGAUGUACUCGGCUUAUUCAGUUCAGAAAGGAGAGUGGAUAUGAAGAUGAUCACAUUUUGGGUCUUCAUCAACUUAGUGAUCUAGGAAUUUAUCCAGAGAAACUUAGGCAGCUCGAACAACUUGACUUUGGUGAUCCAUUGACUGUGAAAGAAGAGAGUGAGCAGCAGCUAAAGUUGGUUGGUAAGGAUCAAGUCAGUUGCAUGGUGAAGCAAGAUUUAGGUCAAAGUUUUAGUAAUAGUGCUGGAACUGUUGAGCUGGACUCUGCCUUAAGUGUUGCUUCAUCUACAAGCAUGUACAGGAUGGCAUCCUGGAAAAAGCUACCAUCAGCAGCUGCGAAGAACCGGAAAGACUCUGACUCUACUGGAACACCUUCUAAGGAUAAACUUGAACUAUUGCAUGUACAUGAAGCUAAGACGGGGAGCAACAACCAAUUAAAUACCCCAUCUAGUCAUAUUGAGCAUUCAGAAGUACCUCCUAAAGAACAAAAGGUAUCUUGGGGAAUAUGGGGUUAUCAUCAAAAUGCCACUUUUGAGAAUUUGAUGAUUUGUCGAAUUUGUGAGGUUGAAAUUCCAACCAUUCAUGUUGAGGAGCAUUCUCGAAUAUGUACAAUUGCCGAUAGGUGUGAUUUGAAAGGUUUAACCGUGAAUGAGCGCCUUGUACGGGUUGCUACAGCUCUUGAAAAGAUACUAGAGUCUUGGACGCCUAAAAGUACACCAAGAAGUAGUGAUACUUCCUGUGGAAAUUUUGAUACUGUCAAGGUUUCUACAUCAAGUAUGCAAGAAGAGGUUUUUGAGCUGUCAUCUAGAGGAAUCAAUUUGUCAUGUCGAAACUCUGAAGAUCUGCUUGAUUCCCUCCCUGUUACUGGCAACUCCUCCUUCAUGGAAAGUCAGGAUGUUUUUCCUGAUUCAUCAUACAAUCGACCAUUUAUUUUCACACCAGAUCACAGUACAAAAUCAACGUCAGCUGGGACUCUAACACCAAGAUCACCUCUUUUAACACCCAGAUCCAGCCAGGUUGAAUUGUUGUUGCAUGGACGAAAAACAAUAUCUGAACUUGAAAAUUAUCAGCAGAUUUACAAAUUAUUGGAUAUUGUUCGUUCCAUUGCAAACGUUAACAACUCUGGAUACGGUGCAUUGGAGUCCAUGCUUGAUCGAUUAGAGGACCUUAAAUAUGCAAUCCAGGAUAGGAAGGUGGAUGCCCUUGUUGUGGAGACUUUUGGAAGGCGCAUAGAGAAGCUCUUGCAGGAGAAAUAUGUGCAUCUUUGUGGGCAAAUUGAAGAUGAUAAAGUAGACUCUUCACAUGGCAUGGUUGAUGAAGAGAGUUCGGUGGAAGAUGAUACUGUUCGUAGUUUGCGUGCAAGUCCUGUUAAUACAUGCUCAAAAGAUCGAACAUCUAUUGAAGAUUUUGAAAUAAUUAAACCAAUUAGUAGAGGGGCAUAUGGCCGAGUUUUUCUUGCCAGAAAAAGAGCAACUGGAGACUUGUUUGCAAUAAAGGUUUUAAAGAAGGCUGAUAUGAUUCGCAAGAAUGCAGUUGAAAGUAUUUUGGCUGAGCGUAACAUCCUUAUCUCAGUUCGCAACCCUUUUGUGGUCCGCUUUUUCUACUCUUUCACAUGUAGGGAAAAUCUGUAUCUGGUCAUGGAAUACUUAAAUGGUGGUGAUAUUUAUUCCUUACUGAGAAACCUAGGGUGCUUAGAUGAAGAUAUGGCUCGUAUUUAUAUCGCUGAAAUUGUUCUUGCUUUGGAGUAUUUACACUCCUUAAAUGUGAUUCACAGAGACCUAAAGCCAGAUAACUUAUUGAUUGGUCAAGAUGGUCACAUAAAGUUGACAGAUUUUGGGCUCUCCAAGAUUGGUCUUAUCAAUAGUACAGAUGAUUUCUCAGGUCCAUCAAUCAGUGGAACUGCUUCACUUGGAGACAGUGGACCAACAUCUCAAUCUUUGUCAAAAAGAGAACAGAGACAAAAGCACUCAGUAGUUGGUACUCCAGAUUAUUUGGCUCCUGAGAUACUUCUGGGCAUGGGACAUGGUGUAACUGCGGAUUGGUGGUCUGUUGGAGUGAUUCUUUUUGAGAUGCUUGUAGGAAUACCGCCGUUCAAUGCAGAAAAUCCACAGCAAAUUUUUGAUAAUAUCAUUAACAGAGACAUACCAUGGCCCAAAGUGCCUGAGGAGAUGAGUUAUGAAGCCCAAGAUUUGAUUGACAAAUUGCUGACUGAAAAUUCAGUUCAAAGACUGGGAGCUACUGGAGCCAGAGAGGUGAAGGAGCAUCCUUUCUUUAAAGAUAUUAACUGGGAAACACUUGCAAGGCAGAAGGCCAUGUUUAUACCAUCAGCAGAGCCACAGGAUACAAGUUAUUUCAUGAGCCGUUAUAUAUGGAAUCCAGAAGACGAGGAUUUUAAUGGUGGAAGUGACUUUGAUGAUCAUGAUUUGACCGAUACUUGCAGCAGUAGUUCAUUUAGUAACCUACAAGAUGAAGACGGAGACGAAUGUGGUAGUUUGGCUGACUUCUGUACAUCAGCCCUUUCUGUGAAGUACUCGUUCAGCAAUUUCUCUUUCAAGAAUUUAUCUCAACUGGCUUCCAUCAAUUAUGAUUUGGUUGUGAAGAGCAGUCAAAACUCACCAGAUGUAUCAAAACCAUCCAUUCCUUGAAGCUGAUUUAAUUACAUGCCAUCUUUGGCUGCUUCAUCAACUGGUAACGAUGAAGAAAGCUUGGCAUAACUUUUAAACUUGUUUUGUUUUAUUGCAUAGCUCAGCUGUAGUGAGGCUUUUUAACCCUUAUAUUAUUACUGUCAGGAGCCCACACAUUUAUGUAGCUAUUUUUGUAAGAAUGUACAUUAAAAUUAUUAUAUUUCAUUUUCAGAAUUCUGUAAAUAUAUGUAUAUAUAUAUAUGUUUUUUAGUUUAAAAUUGGGGAGACGUGUAUUUUCAUGACUCAAGUGCAACUCUGA